UAUAAAAGGUUUAGGCUUAUUUUUAAGCCAGUAAAAAAUUCCCUUACAUCUAUUAUUGCUAGGUGAAUAUUCUUGACAAUUAGAUGAGAAAGAUGCUUUAGUCUCCCAGUUUUCAAGGAGCAAGCAAGCAUCUACUCAGCAGAUUGAAGAGCUGAAACAUCAACUAGAGCAAGAAACGAAAGUGAGUUUUGUCAAAGAUCUUUUUGACUAACAAAAUCUAAACAUGUCCAAUUAGGCUCUACUUGGGAUGUUUAAGUUAAAUAUCACUGAAUACAUAAAUGUAUGUCACUGAACUGCUACUUCUGCAGGCCAAGAACGCCCUGGCACAUGCCCUGCAGUCCUUCCGCCAUGACUGCGACCUGCUGCGGGAACAGUAUGAGGAACAGCGGGAAGGCAAAGCGGAGCUGCAGAGGGAGCUGUCCAAGGCCAGCAGUGAGGUUGCCCAGUGGAGGACCAAAUAUGAGACGGACGCCAUCCAGCGCACCGAGGAGCUGGAGGAGGCCAAGUAUGUGUUGUGACCUCUACAAAAGGAACGCCCAGAAGCAGCUGUGAUAUUUGUGAUGAUGAUAACAUAACAAUAGCAAAAGCUAACAUUUAUUGAGUGCAUACUGAGUCAAGUAUUAUAUAUAUAUAGU